UCAGUUAUCCUGAAGGGGAGGCAGCUCCUUCACACCACCUACAAGAUGUUCAUGACAGCGGCAGGAGUGGAGGCUCUCAGUCUGCUGUUGUUCUGUAUCUACUGGGGUUUGUACGCCAACGAUGGGGUCGGGAACGGCAGCCUCAAGAUACUGGCUAAGCUUUUGUUCUCAGUCAGUUUCCUCAUCUUCCUGCUGCUGCUGAUUCUGCUGGGGAAAGGAUUCACAGUCACCAGGGGUCGCAUCAGUCACAGUGGUUCAGUGAAGCUGUCAGUCUACAUGACCCUCUAUACCAUCACACACGUCAUCCUGUUUAUCUCCGAGGCUGAGUUCUUUGACCCAGGGCAGGUGGUGUAUGCCUAUGACUCCUCUGCUGGCUAUGGCCUCAUCACCCUGCAGUUCGUUGCCUACGUGUGGUUCUGCUACGCCGUUCUCAUCACUCUGAAGCAUUUCCCUGAGAAGCAGGCAUUCUACGCCCCUUUCUUCGCUGCCUACACUCUCUGGUUCUUCGCAGUCCCUGUCAUGGCUCUCAUCGCUAACUUCGGCAUUCCCAAGUGGGCUCGGGAGAAGAUUGUGAACGGGAUUCAGCUGGGAAUUCACCUGUACGCCCACACGGUGUUCCUGAUAAUCACGCGCCCCUCCGCAGCCAAUAGGAACUUCCCGUACCACGUGCGGACCUCGCAGAUCGGGAUAAUGGAGAGCCCGAGGGAGACCUUCCCUCACCACGGAUACGGAAACGUGACCUUCAUCAGCGACUCGGUGCCCAACUUCACAGAGCUCUUCUCCAUCCCCUCCGGCGACGGAGCGCCCCCUAGCGCCGGGAACGGGAAGGCUGUUGAGGAGACGGUGGCCCCGAAGGGACAAUCCCAGAGCCGGAUCAUCACCACCACGGCUGAGCUGAGCGGCCCUGUGCCCCUCCCCCCCUCCGCCCCCCUCCCUCCCUCCCUGCAGCCCCCUCCGCCCCCCCGUCCUCUCACUCAACACACAGGGGGGGGCUUCCCAGAGUACUUCAGCAUUCAGGGGGAGAAGCCAGCGCAGGAAUGAGGGUCGCUGGGGGGGGACUGAGGAGAGGGUCUGGGAGAGACUGGAAAAGAGUGCAGAGAGAAUGAGGGGAAGGAUGGGGGUGGCAUUGAGGGAAAAGAGAAACUGUGUGAGAGGGGGAGUGAGGACAGAUUGGAGGAGGGAGACAGCGAAGGAGUGAGAGAGUGCGGGAGAGAGAGAGUGAGAGAGGUGUGUGUGUGUGGGUGCAAGGGAGGGUGGAGAGAGACGGAGAGACCAGACUGAGCAAUGUGUUAUAAUCAAACUGGAGAGAGAGACAGAGAACGAGAACAAGAUGAAGACUUUCUACAAUAAAUGUAUAUAACAACAACAACAACAACAACAAUAAUAAUAAUAAUAUAAUUUUUAAAUAAUAUACAUGUAAAAACUACAGCAACAAGCACAUGUAAAAUGUUAUGUAAAAAAAUGUGAAAAAAAAAAUGUGAAAAUGUCUGGACACAGGAGGGGGCCCUUUUAACUGUAACACGUUUCCAAUGACAGUUUGUGAGUAAAUAGUUGUGCGAAUUUGGCCCUAUUGCUAUUCAAGGACUGUGCCAAUCAAUAAGGAGAACUGGCUGGGAUUCAAUUGCUAUUACAGCAGAUUUAUCUUUACCUAGUUCAAUUCCAGGACCACUAUUAUUCACAACGCUUCAGGAGUUCAUUUGAUUUUUUUUCAGAACAUUGUCAUGAAAAUAAAUUAAAAAAAAAAGUUGUUUUUUUCACACAGAAAAAAAAGCUUUAAAAAAAGAGUAAAAACUUUUUUUAAAAAGACACCACAAAACAAACAUCCAGACAGUUUAAACGCUUUAUUGUAACCAGUGGUGUUUUCAGACUACACGCUAUUUUUUCCACUUUUUAAAAAAUACAUUUCGUACUGUAAUACACGCUCCGAAGUUGGUUCCUUACUAAAAUAGUCACUAUGAAUACAAUUGCAUCCCAGCCUCUCUGAGUGCAUGUGUGUGUAAAGAGGAACAUUGUACAAUAUGCACUUUAUAAUGUCUGAGCGAAAACUUUCUUUAUUUUUUUCUCAUUUGAUAGUACAUACCCUGUACAGUGUAUUGAUUGUGAAACGUAUCACAAAGAAAAUAUGUGAAUUUAAUUUAUAUAUAGAUAUAUAAAAGAGAGACGUUGAA